AUGUCUACCACAACAUCACCAAUUCAAUUGCCAAAUAUCAUCGGUUCUGAUGAUAACUCCUCGUCCAACAACAACAAUGCCAUCGUCCAACCUGAGCAUUUCAACUUCAACCGUACCCUGUCCAGCUCCACCAGCUCUUCCAACGCUUCUGAUCUCCCAUUCAGUGUGCCAGUCACACCGACCCAAUCCAAGAGAUCGUCGCGAUACCCCAAGAAGAGCUCAGGACGGGCCAACAUCUUUGGUCGCUCCAAGAAAGAAACUGAUGUCAACUUGGACUUCCAACCUGUGGACGAUGCCAACACCCCUCCAGAUGGAAAGAGAUCGUGCUUCCAGAGGGUCAGAACUUGGAUCAAUGACAAGUUCUUUGGCAAGAAGGAGUUGGUGAGAGACCCCAACCAAGAGCGUAUGUUUGUUGAGGCAAUCAAUGACAUUUCGACGAUGGACUUGGACAAGGUGUACGUCAAGCUUGGUACCAACUACCAAGGCUUGUCCGUGCACGAUGCCCAAGAACGACUGGCAACGAUUGGUCCCAAUCGUAUCGCAAUGGCCCGACCCAUGCAAUGGUACCAACUGCUGGCGGUGUCGCUCACUCACCCGUUCAACAUACUGCUCACGAUAAUCGCCAUCGUGACAGUGUCUACGGGUGACUAUGAGACGUUCACCAUUGUGAUGGCCAUGGUGCUGCUGUCAUCUGGCCUGCGCUUCUAUGAAGAGCGCAAGUCGACCAAGGCCUUCAAACAUCUCAAGUCACUGAUCUCCAACAACGUGGUGGUCGUGCGUCGUCGCUACGAUGCCGAUCAGUACGGCGAGGAGAUGACCGUCGACAUUGAGACCGUGGUGCCUGGUGACAUCGUGCCCCUAAAGGCAGGCAACAUCUUCCCUGGUGACGUCCGUCUGAUUGAGUGCAAGAGUAUGAAUGUGUCACAAUCCUCACUCACGGGCGAGUUCCUGCCAGUGGAGAAGACCGCUUCGUACUCGCUGCAGACGUCAUCAUCAAUCUUUGACUGUCCCAACAUGUGCUUGAUGUCAACCAACAUCGUGUCUGGCUGUGGCCGCGGUGUUGUUGUCAACACUGGUACAUCCACCUACAUCUCCUCCAUCUCUGAGAUCUUGACCAGAACACAAAAGACCAACAACUCAUUCGAAGUUGGUGUCAAGAAGGUGGCCUACAUGAUCAUGGGCUUUGGUCUGGUGAUGGUGCCCAUCGUCAUCACAAUCAAUGGCCUAACAACCAAGGACUGGAUUGGUGCAUCUCUCUUUGGGCUGUCGGUUGCUGUUGGCCUUACACCAGAGAUGCUUCCAAUGAUCUUGAAUGCUAACUUGGCCAAAGGUGCAUCGGACAUGGCCAAGAAGAAGACCAUCGUCAAGCAACUGUCUUCAAUCCAAAACAUUGGUGCCAUGAACAUUUUGUGCUCCGACAAGACUGGCACCCUGACCCAAGACAAUGUCCAACUCAGAUCAUUCGUUGGAUUGGACAAUGCUAACCGACUCCAAGUGUUGACAUAUGGAUUCCUCAACUCUAUCAAUCAGAAGGGUCUAAGGAAUGUACUAGAUGAGUCAAUUAUCGCCGAGUCUGAACGUCUGCUGGCCAAGGAUCAACUGUCUGCUGCACUUGGCAACUACCAAUAUGUGGAGGAGUUCCCCUUUGACUUUGUCCGCCGCCGUGUCUCGGUCAUUCUUCGUGACAUUCAUUCUGAUGCUGGUGGAGAGCACAUCUUGGUGAGCAAGGGUGCAGUCGAGGAGAUGGUCAACAUCUGCAGCCAUGUCGUCUUGGACAGUGGCAGCGCACCAGUUGAGAUGACAGAGUACAUUCGUGAGUCCAUCCUGGCACUAUGCCGCGAUCAUAAUGAUGAUGGACUUCGCGUGCUGUGCGUAGCCACAAAACAGCUCGACCCGGUAUCAGCCGAUGAUAUCAAAGGCCAAGUGUUUGACAUGGAGCAAGAUGAGUGUGACCUUACAUUCCACGGCCUGCUCUCAUUCCUCGAUCCGCCCAAAGAUGACUGCCUGGCCUCGAUCCAAAAGUUCAAGGAGUCCAAUGUGGAGGUCAAGGUGUUGACUGGCGACAACCUCCAGGUGGCCAAGAAGAUAUGUCGCGACGUUGGAAUCGACGUGACCCAUGUCAUCACCGGUCCCGAGCUGGAGAGUGUCGAGCCCCAAGAGUAUGACAGACUGGUCCAGGAGUGUACCCUCUUUGCCAAGUUGACUCCAAUCCAGAAGUAUGAAGUGGUCAUGGCACUAAAGAGGAACAACAACACCGUGGGCUUCUUGGGCGAUGGCAUCAAUGACGCGCUGGCUCUGCGUGCCGCUGACGUGGGCAUCAGUGUGGACUCGGCGACUGGCAUUGCCAAGGAGGCAAGUGACAUCAUCCUGCUUGAGAAGUCGCUCGAAGUGAUCAACUGUGCCAUCAAGAUCGGUCGCAUCACUCACGCCAACACCAUCAAGUACAUCAAGAUGGCCGCGUCCUCCAACUUUGGCAAUGUGUUCUCUGUCCUUGUGGCCUCUGCGUGGCUGCCCUUCGAGCCAAUGCAGCCACUCCAACUGUUGGCCCAGAACUUGUUGUACGACAUCUCGCAGAUCGCAAUCCCUUGGGACAAGGUGGACCCUGAGUUCCUGCGCCGCCCACAUCCCUGGAGUGCCAAGUCGCUGCUGCGCUUCAUGGUGUGUCUCGGCCCAACGUCGUCCAUCUUUGACAUUGGCAUCUUUGCCUACAUGUGGUUCUACUUGGGCUGGAACACUGUUGCCUGGAAGGAGUACUUCCAGACGGGCUGGUUCCUCGAGGGUAUGACCACACAACUUCUAAUCGUGCACAUGAUUCGCACAGAGAAGAUACCAUUCAUUCAACGAUGGUCUUCAUGGCAACUGCUCGUCAACACUGCAUGGAUCCUAGCACUGGGCAUUGCCAUACCCUACACACCCAUCGGUACCAAACUACUCAACAUGGUCAACAUCCCAGCCAACUAUUUCCCUGGCUUUGCCGGUGCCAUCGUCGGAUACUUUGUGAUCACACAACUUGUCAAGCGUCUCUACAUCAAGGUGUUUGGUGAGUGGCUCUAG